UCCCCCAUAUUUUUCUGCUUAUCUUCUCUUUUGACCCCAAGAUAGGCUUUUGCCUUAUCUUCUUCAACCUCAACGGUUCACCGGAAAAUUCCAACAAUGGCUGCAAUACUCAUAUCCGGGUAUCUUGCUAAGCCCUCCUCUCUCCUUCUCCCAUUCUCCCCAAAGCUUUAUCUUUCUAAACGCCUGUCUCAAAAGCCGCAUUGGGUCUCUCUUCGCCGGUCCACCCAAGCCUUGAACCGCCGCUUCUCCAAAGCUUAUUGUCUUUACACUUCCGGCAACCAACCGGAUAACAAGGGAAGUGGACCUAAGUGGCCAAUCUUGAGACGGUGGGAUGUGCCAUGGAAUUGGCAAACUAUUUCACUUUCUUCACUUGCCUGUGGACUAAGUUUUGUUCUGACAGGGCUAAUAGAAACAGCAGCCAUAUCAUAUUUGGGAAUUGAAGUUGACAACUUAAGCUUGGAUGAGAAAUCAGAAAUUUUGUUUCUGGACCAAUCUAUUACAACUAUUGUUGUGCUUGGAGUUCUCUAUACUCUCACCAAGUCGUCUCAGCCACUUCCUAAUGAAAUAUAUCGAUAUGAUUGGAGGGAGCCUUUCGAUUUUCGAAGAGGGUGGCUGUUGUGGGCAACGAUUGGUCUCGUUGGAGCGUUGUUUGCUAUUGCGUUGACGGGGGUUGCAACGUCUUUUCUCAAUAGCGAGCCCCCACAGAGAGAGACUGAUGCUCUUGUUCGCUUGCUUCCGUUGAUCGGCUCUUCAACUAUCAGCACUGCAAGUCUGUUGGGCAUUACGGGCGUCCUUGCUCCGAUUCUUGAGGAGACUGUGUUUCGAGGGUUCUUUAUGGUCGCCCUGACUAAGUGGCUGCCUACGCCACUGUCAAUCCUUCUCAGCGCCUCUGUAUUUGCUGGUGCACAUCUAACUCCCGGAGAAUUUCCUCAGCUUUUUGUGCUCGGGACUGCUUUGGGACUUUCAUAUGCUCAAACACGAAAUCUUCUCACGCCAAUCGCAAUUCAUGCGUGUUGGAACUCGGGGGUUAUCUUGCUUCUGACCUUCCUCCAGCUUCAAGGAUAUGACAUCAAGGAAAUAAUACAAGCAUCUUGAUUCAGAUUGAGGAGUGAGCAGAGUUGUGGCAUUUUCUUAUUCAGCCUUCAUCUUAAGUCAUAACUGUUUAUUUCGUAGAUUUGUAGUAGCAGUUUGAGCUGUAAUGUAUUCUUGCCAGAAUUUUAGUUUGUAUUCAAACAUGUUUUUGGCACAUUAAUUUGUUCAAUCGAAAUUGCAGCAGUGUUGUGUAUUUCAUG